AUAUUUUUGCCGUUUCUGAAACCUCAAUUCCCUCAACAACCACGCAAUUGACUCUGAAUUAGCUGCCACGCACACUACGUAAGGUGAUAUCUCAACCUCUGCGGAUGAAGUUGGGACGUCACUGUGUUUUCACUGCCUCGUACAUCUUCAGAUCUCUCAUAACUCCAGCUUAAUCCUCUCAUCUUUUCCACCAUUUCCGAACGGAAAGUCGCUAGCUAGCUGGCUACGACAUCUUCUGUUUUUCCCUGGAAUGCCAUUUCCUCUGAAAAAUCCUUAUAUUAUAACACCACUUUCUCUCCCUCUCUUUUCCACUCUCGAUCGCUUUCUGCAAAACGGAUUGGUUUACACCCACCCAUGGCUUCUUUAUAUUCUUUAUCUUCGUUCAUAUCUGUAACACUAACCCUAGUUGUCUUAUUUGUUCAUCCUGCGUUUUCCGUCUCAAGUAGAAGAGCUCUUGAGCAUCAGACAGUGCAAACUGGAUUCCGAAUCACACUUGAUCAUGUUGAUUCUGCAAAAAACCUCACAAAGUUUCAACGUGUCCAGCGGGGAAUCAAGCGCGGGCAACACAGGUUGCAAAAGCUCAGUGCAAUGGCCUUGGCAGCCACAUCAGAUAAUUCAGAAGUUGAAGCCCCGGUACAUGCAGGCUCAGGGGAGUUUCUGAUGAACAUGGCAAUCGGCUCACCGCCGGAGGCAUUCUCAGCCAUCAUCGACACGGGCAGUGAUUUGAUAUGGACUCAAUGCAAGCCUUGUAAACAGUGUUACGACCAGCCCACGCCAAUUUUCGAUCCGAAAAAAUCAUCUUCUUUCUCUAAGAUAUCAUGCAAGAGCAAGCUAUGCGAGGCACUGUCCUCUUCAACAUGCCAAGCCGAUGCUUGCCAGUAUUUCUACCAGUACGGUGAUUAUUCCACGACAGAAGGUGUUAUGGCAACAGAAACCUUCACGUUCGGGGACUCCGAUGAUAACAAAGUUUCGAUUCCUAAAAUUGGGUUCGGUUGUGGGAGUGACAACGAGGGAGAUGGGUUCAGCCAAGGUGCAGGCCUGGUGGGGCUCGGACGAGGACCCUUGUCAUUGGUUUCCCAGCUUAAGCAACCCAAGUUCUCAUACUGCCUGACUUCCAUUGAUAACUCCAAAACCAGUACACUUUUGUUGGGAUCUCAAGCAAGUGUGAAUAGCACACAAUCAUCAGAAGCAAUCAAAACCACCCCUUUAAUUAGAAACCCAUCUCAGCCAUCUUUUUAUUAUCUCUCGCUUGAAGGCAUCUCUGUCGGGGAAACUCGAGUGCCCAUCGAUACAAAAAUCGAAGAAGAUGGCAGUGGCGGCCUAAUCAUAGAUUGUGGGACAACCAUUUCCUACCUUUCUGGCAAUGUAUUUUCCAAAAUUAAAAAAGCAUUCAUUUCUCAAACAAAACUUGACGUGGACGAUUCGGGUGCAACCGGGCUUGAUCUUUGCUUCGCCUUACCAUCGGAUACAAGCGAAGUAGAAAUUCCCAAGUUGGUUUUCCAUUUCAAAGGUGCUGAUUUGGAUUUGCCUGCAGAAAACUAUAUCGUUGCUGACUCAAGUAGUGGAGUACUUUGCCUGGCCAUGGGAAGCUCGGGGACCUCGGGCAUGUCGAUCUUUGGGAAUAUUCAGCAGCAGAACUUUCUGGUGACCCAUGAUCUUGAGAAGGAAACCUUAUCGUUUGUUCCUACUCAGUGUGAUCAGCUUUGACCAUCUGCAUUGAUCUAUAUCUGUGUUUGUUUGUGUGGUCUCAUACAUCGAAAUUAUGUUGUAAUAACGUCUAUACUUUCUUUGUAGCUUGAGCUUAUGAAUGUAACUUCCAUUAAAUUGAUUAA